AUGAAGAAGCAGCUUCGCACCGAGUACGCGAUGACCCAGCGGGCUGUGACCGAGCACGAGCAGGGGGUGCUUAGCCUCAUCGACAUGCGUCUGGACAUGAUUCAGAGUUUCGAUCAUCUGACGACGACGGCCCUUACGGGCCCCUGUGAACCCGGCGCGGCAGCUCGUGUCGUGCAUGGGGUGCGUCAGAUUCUGUCGAACUGGAACAAUUUCAUCCUGCAGCCUCGACAGGGCGACCUUGUGAUGCUCGGGAGAACGAGCCCUGGCCCGGGUAUGCUUCCGUCGUUCAUGGUCAAGCUGUUUUGGACAAAGAUGCACGAGGUGGCGAAGGAGGUAGAAGUGGGAGGGGGUGCCGAACACGAGGGAGGAGGCGAGGGGAAGGCACGCGUCUUGCUUGAGUACAGCUACGAGGAGGAGGAGAUCAAGGAGGGUACAUCGAGGCAAGGUCAGCACGGGGUGAGCGGCCUAGGCGGUAAUGUGAACGAGCAGGAGGGCUCGAGCUCCGGCUCGAGCUCGAGCGAUGAGUCGGUUGAGCACGACGGCGAGGGCACAGGAGAACAUCCAGGUGGGACGGAGCGUACGGAGGAGCACCGUGUGGCGCUCGGAGAGCGGGUGGACGAGCGGGUGAAGCGUAUCGAGCAGCAGGCGACGGGUGACGUUGAUGUUGUCGAGGAGCAGGAGGGCGGAGCGGCUGCGCAGGAGGGUGGGGCAGGAGUGCUGCUGCAUGAAAGAGGGGCGGUUGUGCAGGAUUUUGGGACAGGAGUGCAGCAGCAGGAGGGCGGGGCGGCUGCGCAGGAAGGUGGGGUCGGAGGGCAGCAGCAGGAGGGCGUGGCGGCUGCGCAGGAGGGUGGGGUGGGAGAGCAGGAGCAGGAGGGCGGGGAGGCUGCGCAGGAGCGAUAG